AGUUUUUGGUAUUGCUUCAAGAAAAGGAGAGCGACUCUCUUGAGUGUACAUUCGCUCGUCGUUUAUUGAAGAAUUUAAGUAUAAAGCAAAACGUAACAUCAAAAUGGAUUUCCUCCGUGAGCUCCUCCAGGAAGCGAACGACGAGGUGAAUGUGGAACAAACCCAGAACCAGCAACUCUUCACCCGCUUUCAGAGUCUCACCGACUCUCUCAUCUCCAUCACCACGCGACGGAAAAACCAGCAGAAAGCGCUCGACAUUUUGGAAGUGCCCGAGAUCGAGAUCGCCCCUGGGGCAGGUCGUGGAAAUAACGGAAAAAAGUUCGACAUUCGAAAAAGCAAGAUUGAAAACGCGGAACAGAAGAUGUUGGAAUUGCAGUCGAUUCGGCUGCAAUCGGCGGUAGAACACAAGUUUAAGAAAUUAGUCCCGCACUUGCGGUGUGUCCACGGAGAUUCGACCGGACCGCCGGAAGAUUAUGGGGAUGAUGAGGAGGUUCUGCUGAACGGGAUGAAAAUGAACAACAACCGGAAUAGAAAUAAGCAAACAAGCGGCACAGGUGGAGGUGGUUCUAAAGCUGCGAAGAAAGCCUCGCAGCGUCAACAAGAUGCAAAUGUCGUGUUGAACAAGCGCAAUAACAAGAAAGGCGGCGACAAGAUGAAAAACAGCAAGCGGAACAAGAAACAGUCGGUCGUUGAUGCUGGUGAAAAUGACCAGGAAGGGGAGAUUUUUGGAGGAGAGCGAAACGAUUUUCGUGACCAACAAGAUCAGUGUUACGACCUUGUCAUGUACGACGACGCGACGUCCUCGACUGGGGGCCCACUGCCACCUCCCAUGCAGGGGUUUUACCAUCAACAUGAUGCAAAUGGAGAGAUGAUGAUGUCCCAGCAGCAGGUGGGCUACUUUCGAAACGACCACCAGCUUCACUACGGACCGAUGGAUGUCGCGGACCCGAACUAUGCCAUGCCGCACGACAGGAUGCCGAUGCAUCCCGGGGUGGUUCCCCCACCUGCGGGCUCUUGCAGCUUCAAUUUUCUCCCUCCGCCACCCCCACCCCCCUCUGGCAAUAUGAUUUUCUACGACCCGAGCAGGAGUGCACCGGUAGACGCGAAUUACGAAGCCUAUUUGAAUCAACAGUACGGGUCGCAGGAUUUGUACGGAGGAUUUGGCGCGGUCCCUCCGCAGGAUGAUGGGAUGUUGCCACCGCCACCAAACGGACCGCCGUUUUUACAGCAGCAGAUGGUACUAGUACCACCUCCAGGGGGCAACAUGAUGAUGCCGCCACCGGCAGCUCCACCAGCACCGGGAGGGCCGGGGUUUUUACCGCCUGAGCAACUACAGGGGAUGGCGUUCGGGACGGAGUUUUUGGUAGACGAGUUCGGCAAUCCGAUUAUCGAACCGAUGGUACUAGAUGAGUUCGGAAAUCCGAUAGUACCUAUGGAGUCGAUGAUAGACGAGUUCGGAAAUCCGAUAAUGGAGUCCAUGUUAGACGAGUUCGGGAAUCCGAUGAUGGAACCGAUGGUAGACGAGUUCGGCAAUCCGAUAGUACCAAUGGAGCCCAUGGUGGACGAGUUCGGAAAUCCGAUGCAACUGGACGAACCGAUGCUACUGCAAGAUACGUUCGGGCACAGUCCGUCUGCAGUAAAACCACACGCGGACGAGAUUACGAGGGUUGACGAAUUCCGUAACAAGGACCCGAUGAUGAUGCCGAUGGACGAUGAUCACAACGAUCGCACCGGCCAGGAACAACUACAAGCUGCGCCCGAAAAUUUUUUAUCGAGUCAGAAGAACAAGCAGUCGACCUGUGAGGAACAAGCAGCCUGCUCUGCGGGUACCAGCCAAGAACCAGAGCAGCAGCGACGGAGCGGUGCGGACGUUGGUAAGAAAAGCACGACGGAUGGCAUAAACAAAAUGCAGCAACAUCAUGUUGAUACCGAGGCCCAGGUGGAGAACAGCAUUGUGCUAGUUGAGGAAGGAAAAAGUAAUAACGUGGUCCGCGACGAGCACCAAAGCUACAACAAUGACAAAGUGAAGAACUACCCGAUGAAGAAGAAUUUAUCCGAGCAAGGGGAACAGGAAGAGAAAAUGAAUUUAAACCGAUCGAAAGUAGACGGGGAUCAACACGGCUCGUCCUUCGAGGAAGAGACUGGGAUCGUCAAAACCGGCGAAGUAGAAGACGAAAUGAUGGAGCACAUGUUGGUCUUGUCCGAAGUCAACGUGGGAGAUGCGGAGCGACAGGGUAGUGGUAGUCAGCUACAGCAGCAAGAAGAAAAACCUUCUCGCCGCGGCAGGGGCAGCUACUCUGAAGUAGGCGAAGACGAGGACCACGGAAGUAACAACAGGCUCACAGGUCCUCGCGCGGAGAUCGAUGGAGAUUUUGGCCCAGGUCGUGCAGGACAAGUGCCAGACCAUUUUGAAGACUUGAACUUUGUCAACAAUUUCUACCCUCGUAACGUCCUCGGUGGUCCGCCGCCAGAGAUGCACGACCGGAUGUCUGACCACGAUUUCAGGCCGGAACUUUUCCCAUCCUACAACACCAAUUACAACCACUACGACCACCAAGUCGAUUACGAUUUAUGUUCACAACACUCUUUCAUCUCCCACCAACCUUCCGUCCAUUUGCCACUACCGAAUCAGAUGGCGAUUUUGUCUUCCGAUGGCGGGGGGUUUUAUGCAGAAGAACACGAGGGCUACUACAAUCGCAAUUCGCAAUCUUCGCAGUUUGGAGGGUUUCAUCACUCGUCUUCGCAAUUAUCGCAACACGAAGCAGCAUUUUCUCAGGACCAGUUUGAAGAACAGCAGCAGCAACAGCAGCAGUACCAUGACCCAGCGGUUCCACGGCGACCGUAUGCACGACAGGGCAGCAGCAGCAGCAGCAGCUUCGUCGUGGGACCAAGUUGCGCGACGAGCACCAGCCACUUGGGAACAAAUCAAAAUGAUGCAGAUGCUGCGUUGUUAGCAGAACAGCAGCCGGCGAUAACAACGCCGAGGAACAAUGGUAGAAAGAACGUCGUCAUUUUCUGGAAUCGGGAGAUAGAUUUGGAGGACAUCAAGUGCGACAGCCGGACACCCUCGAUAUCAAAUGCAAAAAUGUCUGGGUCUGGAAGGUUGGAGUUUGUGAUGCUAACUGUGGACUUUAAAAAAAUGUAUUGCAUGAUCAGCAAGAGGAGUCUAGUUUGUCUUUGUGCUACGCGGAAAGGGCAUUUGUCAUGCGGAAUAGGCAUCAGGAAGCCCUGGAAAAAUCUAUGAUGCUAGGUCAUGCAUUACAGACAUGCCGGGUCAUGCAAAAUAUGCAUGACAAAACCGGCUACAUUCCAGACCCAGACGUAUUUGCAUUUGAUACUCGAUCAAUUUGUCGGAUUUCAUGUCUUCGGAGCGCGCGCGGAGAAAAAAACGGUUCCAAAACCGGAAUCCCGACAGUCCCUGGCACAUGUCGGAUUUUAUGAGUGUGGAGAAAUAUCACGAGAAAAAAGUGUUACAGUUACACAUUGAUUGUGUUGCAGGCCAAGCAAGACAGACAACUUCUGUUAUGCCAGAAAUGCUUCCGAGCUUCAUUUCAUAGGCGUUUUCCCGUAGGAUCUCUGCAUUGCAAGUUUUUUCUCUCAUGCAGAGAAAUUUGUGUUGCUGAAUUGACAACAAAUGUGUAAACUGUAACACUUUUUUCGUGGGAUAAGAAAGGAGGGGAGGACAGUGAGGAGGAAGGAGGUCAACAUCGUUUUGCGCCGCAAGAAGGCGGCGGGGAGGCUAAGGAGGAAGAUGGGGACGGACACAAUCGGGAAGCGAAGGAGGAGGUGGCCAGGAUGAAGAAAAAGAAGUGAAUGAACAAUUCUACGAAGAAAAAAAAAGGGACACUGACUAGCAGAACUUUCUGUAGUGAUCUUCAGAUCUGGAGCUAGAAAAUGGAAAUCAACAAAGAUCAUCAAUUUCCAUGAUGAGUUGAAGCGAAACUUCGACUCUGUGCUUGUAGAACUAUCAUGGCUAGGUGGUAAAGAUUUUGGUACAAAGGAAGAACUUUAACUUUUUGCGAGGACGAAUUAUUUUGAAUCUUGCGUCAGAAGAUGCUCGUCAACCAAUGAAGAAUGAAAUAAUCCGAGACAACAAUAAAUUCAAGCAAAUAUUAAAGGCGAUGAAGAAGCACGUGCACGUCAAUGCACCAGGUGCAAAUGCGAUUUUUACUUCGUGAUACAGUCAAAAACAAUUUCGAAUGUACUUAUGAAAUGUGUAUGAUUUGAAGUGUAAACGGACGCCUCCCUGGUAGUAGUAACUUUGGUCACCUCUGACUCCGGCGGGUGUAGGGUUUAG